AGGAUCCUUAACACAAACUGAGAAGAACAAGCGAUCCAAAGUCAGUUGCUGGCUGGGUAUCUUUGUUGUGACGAAUAUAAUUCGUCGCUCGUGACUCGUACCUCUCUUGCGGUACUUUCCUCUGUCUGUUUUUUAGUGUUUUCUCAAGACUUGCACAUAUAUCUGCCUUCCUUCUUGUCUAUUUCUAUUUAACAGCAUAAUCAAUCGAAGAGUUUUUGCGACACGUGUUUCUGUAUAGCGACCGAAUCGCUGAAAUAAACAAUGCAGGCUAACGGUGCUGAAAAUGUCGGUCCUGAAAAUGCAAGCGAAAAAUCAGGAUGGACGGUUGGAUUAAUAAACGGAAAGUUUAAGUAUCUUACGGCUGAAACUUUUGGAUUUAAAAUUAACGCAAAUGGUUCAAGUUUAAAGAAAAAACAAUUGUGGACUCUAGAAGGUAGUGAACAACAGGUUUUCCUUCGAUCCCAUUUGGAUCGUUAUUUAGCAGUGGAUCAGUUUGGAAAUGUUACUUGUGAAGCAGAAGAUCCUAGUGAUCCUGGUUGCGCCUUCCAAAUACAACUAGCUUCAGAUGGAAGUGGAAGGUGGGCUCUGAAGAAUAUUCAAAGAGGAUAUUUCCUGGGUUCUAGUCAGGAUGAACUUAAAUGUAUGGCCAAAGCCCCCAGUGAAGCAGAAUAUUGGCUGGUACAUCUUGCUGCUAGACCUCAGGUAAAUUUAAAAUCUGCCGGAAGAAAACGUUUUGCUCACUUAAGUGCAACGCAAGAUGAAAUUCAUGUAGAUGCACCAGUUCCAUGGGGAGAGGAUACACUUUUUACUUUAGAAUUUCGUCCUGCUUCAAUAGAAGAUGAUGGCGAAGAACAUUCCAAAUUUGAAGGUGGUCACUAUGCUCUACAUACUUGUAACAAUAAAUAUUUGGCGCGCGAUGGAAAACUUUUGGAUUCUUGUACCCGGGAUUGCCUUUAUGCUGCUGAAUUUCAUGCUGGAUUACUUGCACUUAGAGAUUUGUAUGGGGCAUAUUUGGCACCUAUUGGAAGUAAGGCUGUUCUAAAAUCAAGAUCAACAACUGUGACCAGAGACGAAUUGUUUUCUUUGGAAGAAUCAUUACCACAAGCCUCUUUCGUUGCUGCUUUAAAUCAACGAUAUGUAUCUGUGAAACAAGGAGUUGAUGUGACAGCUAAUCAAGAUGAAAUUUCUGGACAUGAAACUUUCCAGUUAGAAUUUGAUCGUGUAACUAAAAGAUGGUAUGUACGUACCAUGCAAGAUCGUUACUGGAGUCUUGAAGCAGGAGGUGGAAUUCAGGCAUCAGAACACAAGCGUUCUUCCAAUGCUUUGUUUGAUUUGAUUUGGCAAUCGGAGGAUGGUACAGUGGCCCUACGUGCUAACAACGGCAAAUUUUUAGCAACAAAGCGUUCUGGCCAUCUUUAUGCUAAUGCCGAUUCUGUAAACGGAUUGGAUUCAGAUGUUAGCAAAUAUUAUUUCUAUUUGAUGAACAGACCUGUUUUAGUAUUACGUUGUGAACAAGGAUUUGUAGGGCCCAAAAGUGCAGCUAGUUCAAAAUUAGAAUGCAACAAAGCUAUCUAUGAAACUAUUAGAGUAGAAAGAUGUGAACGUGGAAUUGUUAGAUUUAAAGGUCAAAAUGGCAAGUACUGGCACGCAGAUAGCGAAGGCGUAACCGUAGAUUCUGAUAUACCUUCCGAUGGAUUCUAUCUAGAAUUACGAGAACCUUCUCGUAUUUGUAUUAAACAUAGCGAUGGAAGAUAUCUUACCGCAGGAAAGAACGGAGCGUUGCGUCUUGGAGAAACAGAUUAUGAAUCUGCUACAAAGUGGGAAUUUUAAUCAACUAAACGAUCAUGUCUAUGCUAUGUUCUUUUAAAAUUUUAUUCAAUCAAUUCACUCUUUAUACAUUUAAAGAAGUUAUAUUUAGUAGAUAUAGAUAUUCUAAUUUUUCAUAAAAAGGUUGAAGAAAAAAUAAGCAAUUUAGGCCAAGGACUUUGUUGCAGGGUUAAACAACUUCUAUUUUUUAUGCUCGUAUGUUUUAGUAUGAGAAAUGAAAUGUAUUAAAAAGUAACGCAAAGUAUAGAUUUAAAAGAACAUAGCUAAAAUCCAUUGCCCUUUUUAUAGCUUCGAGUGUAAUCUAAUCUAAUAUUUACAAGUACGGGAAGAGCUCCUACCGAGUACUUAAUUAGAAGUACAUCGUCAAAUUAAUUUUUUACGAUUUUUUUAUACUUCUAACUACGAAUUCUCCUAUUCAUAAAAUACCGUAUAAGACUGAUCAUUCGCAUGUUUACAGAAUAAUUAGCGGUUAUUACAUCGUACUUUAAUAAUUUAAAGAAAAAUUUAACAUGAUUUAACAUGUCUUUCGAUCAUAGAGUAAUUGAAUAAUAUUUGAUCAUGUAAAUUAAAACUUACUUUCUUUGAUUUAAUGUAUUGUUUGCAAUAUUAUUUAUUGUUCAAUAUUUAAUACUUAACUGAUCGGUAAUUUUAUGUAAGAAUGUUAUUAUGUAUAUAUUAAACCUCCUUACUCUUACAAUCACGGUAUCUUUAAUUGAAACUAAUAAAAAAGUUUCUUAUAUCAGUUGUUAAUGUAAAGAUAGUUUUGACAUUUUACAACUUCUUUUAAUUGGUAGCUUCACUGUGUAAUCAUUGAGAAAUACCCUGCUAAUAAUUUCCUUUCUAAGGUAAAAUAAACAAUAUGAAGAACUUUACCGAUCAUUUAAGUAUUUAAAAAAAAUUCUGCUUUCUAGUCUUCAUAUUAAUAUAUUCAUAUCAGUAAUAACUAACUAAUGUUGAAUUCCUAUAAAGCAAUUCAUACACUAGACAGCAUAUUUCGAAGAUUGUCAAUAAGUAAUAUACAUAGUGUUUCAGUUGAUAAAAGUAAUCAUUCCAUAUAAUAAACAUAUUUCCUUUUCAUUAUUGAACCAUACGCUACUAACAUAAACGCACAAGUAUGUCACUAAUGUAAACUUGCUAUCUAGUGUACAAUGUCUUUGAAGAAAUCGAUGCAAUAAUCGAAUUAAUCUGUAUAAUUUGAGAUCACGCUUUUUCUGUAUAAGAAAUUCACAUUCCGUGAGCUGUGCAAUGGUCAAAACAUUCUUACAGCUAUUUCUACGAAAAAAACAUAAGUCACAGCCCGUUUAAGAAACAUUAAAACCAUAAAUUUUAUAUAUCGAUUAGUAUUAGUUCUAUGGGCGUGUAAUUUAUCGAUUAGCUUAUAGGUAAGAUUUUUCUUUCCUUUGUCGAGUUUCAAUAUGUUUAAUAUGUAUUAAUAAUAUUGAUAUUCGACAAAAAAGAGAAAAAUUAUUUUUCGAUAUGCUUUUUACCUUUUAUAUAAUACCUUUUUUAUCUGCUCUCUAUUUUUUUAUACACAAACAAGGUUGAUAUUAAGGUCGUUAUUUCAGCGAUAUUACCUGUAAUUUACGUUAUUUAUCGUACUGAGGAAAGCGGGAUAAACUAAAUGCAUUAUGUAAGCAAUAAAUUCUGCUAUUAAACA